GGUAUUAUUAACCAAAAACCCAGAGCGCGGCACUUGAGACAUCCAGAUGUUGCGUUUGAGGCACCAAGUGAAGUCGGGUGAAGGCUACAACCGUUUUCCACGCUGAAACAAACUUUCAUACAUCACUUUCCUGCUCUUCGACAGUGAUGGGAGCUGGCAGGCUCGAUUAAAGGAAGACAAGUGAGGCUGUUAAAGACAUUUUUCAAGCCUUGUUUUUUUUAUCACCCGGGUGGAUAAAGUGCGUCUGUUUAAUAUCGGGAGUAUUGAGGAGAAGUAAAAGCUACAAAGCCUGAACUAACUGCGCAGUUUGGACGUCAAAACCUGACUGACAUGGUUGUGUUUCUACGCCGGGUUGGAAUUAAAUAGUUCUCCAGGUUGACACUUUUUGAUACAGACUUCUGUGAUAUUUCUUAUUUCUUGGCGCAUCAUGGCUUUUAUUCACUUGCUCCUGUGCGCCGGGAUGUUAUCACUGCCGAUGUGUGGAGCGUUUUUCAACGGACCAUUACAACCGGAGAUGUCCAAUGGCACUUUUCAUCAUUAUUUCGUGCCGGACGGCGACUACGAGGAAAACGACGACCCGGAGAAGUGCCAAAUGCUUUUUAAAAUGACCGAUGAAAGAAAGUGCGGACUCCCUGAGGACCAGGACGCUGUCAUACGGGAUGAUUUCACUAUCAUCAAGAGGCAGAUUGAGGACUCGGCCAGGGUGCUGGAGGGCAUCGGGAAAAGCAUCUCGUACGACCUGGACGGAGAGGACAGCUACGGGAAAUAUCUGCGGAGGGAGACGGCGCAGAUAAGUGAGGCGUUUACAAACUCGGAGAAGUCUCUGCUGGAGCUCGAGGUGAAAUUCAAGCAGAGCCAGGAGAGUGAGCUGAAAGAGGAGCACCGGCUCAACGACGACUUUCUCAACAUGAUAGUGCACACGCGGGACGUCCUGAAAGACACCUUGGACAUUUCUCUGGGACUCAAGGACAAGCACGAGCUCCUGUCUUUGAUCAUCCGCAGCCACGGCACGAGACUGAGUAGACUGAAGAACGAAUACAUGAAAUACUGAAUGAGAAUCGGACCCUGAACGUCUCAUUAUAGUAUUUUUUAUUACCUUUUUUUUUUUUUUUACUUACAUAUGAUGGAGUGUGACCAUGAGGCAGAGGCAGGUGUGAAGAAUGAUAGCAAUCAUAUCAGGGAUUUAAAAAAACAAAAAAAACAAAGCUUAACCUUGCACCUAAAGUACAAAGACAAUCAUAUUUCCUCCUUUAACUCCAGAGCAGCAACUUAAGGUUCUGGACCCAUCCAGUGGGUCCAAAUAUUAGAUCUGGGGUCACAAGAUAGGACAGAAUUUAUUAUUUUCCAGCAAUUUUUUUUCUCUCGCUUUUCUGUCUCACUCUCACCUUUGCUUUUUUUCUCAUCCAGGAAACUUGCAGGUCACACAAAACAUUGAAAAUCACAGCUGUAGAGAUAAUGUUGUGUUUGGCUGUAUUAUCUUUGACCUAUAGGCCAAUUAGAUGACAAAACUGCAAUUUUUCCAAUGUAAACAUGGUGCCAAUACUUCCUAUUGAUAACUUGCUUUUAUGGUCAUAUAAGGGCGCCAUGUGUCAAGAAAAUUUAAUUAAACAUAAGAAAAAGUAAAACGGCACCAUUUACGUCCAUUGCUGUCUUUGCAUAUAUAUCGUAGAUAGGUUACGUAAUACCCUCGAAAUAUAAAAAGAUGACUAUGCUGAAUUCUUAUAGUAAAUUACUUUAUCAAGGUCUUUUUUUUACACUAAUCUUACUCCAAAAAUCUGGCUCUUUAUUUAAUAUUACACAUUUUGAACAUCCUCUCUUAUAGCAUCUGCAGUUUUCUACGACCACAUGAUGAUGAAAUAUCUGGAGAAAAAAAAAAACAUGGAGAUAUUGUAAAUGGAUAAAAGAACCAGAGAGGAAUGCAGACUUUAUUUCUGAAAA